AUGUUCUCUUUCUGCCGUAAAUUGGCCAAUCUUGCCAAUCUCGCCAACUUCGCCAACAUGUACCCUCCUCCCCUUCGCAGCUACAAGGCCAUCGCCGCCAUCGCCGUCGGCCUCAUUGCUCUGUCUGCUAGUGUUUCGUCUACCUUGUACGGGGUAAUCUCCCCUGCCGCCGCCGCCGAGCCCGGCUGGUACGAGACGGGAUAUCCUGUCCAACCCACCGAGCUAUGGCGAUUGCGCGCUUGCAAGCUUCAUUGGGACUUGAUCCAGCGCUACCCGCACCUGUCGCCGCAGCCGCUUCACGCCGUCCUCGAUCUCAAUCCCACCGCGAAGCCGUUUAGCCCACCGUACUUCUCAGCCGACAGCGCCAUGUUCGAAGACCCUCAGUACUCUCAGAUACAUACGACCAUCCUGGAUGCCUAUCACAGCAAGGCGGGAGCGAUUCUGCAUUCGGUGGCGGAGCAAUAUCGGAAGCCGCUGGAGGGGACCGACGCGGCGAAGGAAGACAAGUGGCUUCGGAGUUUGUUCCAGCUCUGA